UUAACCACUAUAUUGUAAAGCAUUUCUUCGGCGCUUUUUGUAAUUACCGGUAAUUGUGUUGAACCUUUCGUAUAUACUUUCCUGUAUAUCUGUGUACUUGUUCUUAACAUCAUGAAACUUGUCCGAUUCUUAAUGAAGCUGAGUCAUGAGACUGUAACUAUAGAAUUAAAAAAUGGUACUCAGGUACACGGAACGAUAACUGGCGUGGAUGUUGCAAUGAAUACGCAUCUGAAAGCUGUUAAAAUGACAGUCAAAAACAGAGACCCUGUUCAAUUAGAAACGCUUAGCAUUCGUGGAAAUAAUAUUCGCUAUUAUAUCCUUCCAGACAGUCUUCCUUUGGAAACACUGUUAGUUGACGACACACCGAAAGCGAAAGCUAAGAAGAAAGAAGCUGCUGUUGGAAGAGGACGAGGCAGAGGCCGCGGAAGAGCCCGUGGACGUGGAAGAGGCAGAGGUCGUCGAUAAAUUGUACUCGGAGAUUGUGAAAACAUUUGUUAUCUAUUUCUGAUCAUUGUUCACAUGAGACUGAAAAACUGACAUCAGUCUGUUGAGAUCCAUGAAACUAAAAUGAAAUUUGCAUUAAAUUACACCAUUUGACAGUUUUUACAAUGAAAAUUCUUGAUUUUUAAAUUAUAGCAUUCUAGAAUAUAAGUUCAUUACAUCCAAAGUUUUCGAAAUGUUUUUUAAAAAUAUAUGUUCAUUGUCUAAAAUAAAGUAUACAUUUUUGCAUCA